AAAAUGAGUGACCUAAAUCGUAUUCUACCUUUUUCAAUAAGAAGGCAGAUGGAUAAGGAAAGUUAAAAACUGCCUACGCAUAGCAAGUCCUGCUGCACUUCACCUCCCGUGAACAAAAAUCUCUCUUGUUAGCCUGGCUUGGCCUGGCCUUUCCUCUAUUUCAAUAUGGCCAUGGCAAUAGCAGUUGCCAAUUCCUGUUCCUCUUCCCUCAAUUCUUCUGUUAAAUUCCGUUACUCCAAUUCCUCCCGACGCCAUAACUCCGCCUUACAGUCUCUCGCUACCCUCAAUCCCCAUCCCGCCAAUCAAAACAAAAAGAAUUUUAAAAAAGCACCAUCUACUUCUAAAAUCUCCGCACCUGAAAGGAAAUUUCCCAGAAGAUCGAGUGAUGACCGUGUAGACGUUGGACUUUCUCAAUCUACUGCUUUUAAAUCUUUUGGCGCGCAAAGAAAAGACAGAAAGGAGCUUCAACUUGAUUCCAAGGAGCAGCAGGUUGAACCAGGGAAUCUUCAAGAUGCAGCUUUUCUUAAUGCUGUUGUGAAGGUUUAUUGCACCCAUACGGCCCCUGAUUAUUCCCUUCCAUGGCAAAAGCAAAGGCAAUAUACAAGUACUGGGAGUGCUUUUAUGAUUGGAGAUGGGAAACUUUUGACAAAUGCACACUGUGUUGAACAUGAUACACAGGUUAAAGUGAAAAGAAGGGGAGAUGAUACUAAAUAUGUGGCUAAGGUCUUAGCCAGAGGUGUUGAUUGUGAUAUGGCUUUGCUUUCAGUAGAAAGUGAGGAAUUUUGGAAGGAUGCUGAACCACUGCGAUUUGGACAAUUGCCUUGUCUUCAGGAUGCAGUAACUGUUGUAGGAUAUCCCCUUGGAGGAGAUACCAUUUCGGUGACUAAGGGUGUUGUAUCACGUAUAGAGGUCACAUCAUAUGCUCAUGGGUCAUCCGAUUUGUUGGGCAUUCAAAUUGAUGCGGCAAUAAAUCCUGGUAAUAGCGGUGGUCCUGCAUUCAAUGAUCGGGGUGAGUGCAUUGGGGUGGCAUUUCAGGUUUACAGAUCCGAAGAGGUUGAAAAUAUUGGAUAUGUGAUUCCAACUACGGUUGUAUCUCAUUUUCUGAAUGACUAUGAGAGAAAUAGGAAAUACACUGGUUUCCCUUGCCUUGGUGUGCUGCUGCAGAAGCUGGAGAAUCCAGCACUACGUGCAUGCCUGAAAGUGCAGUCUAAUGAGGGUGUGCUGGUAAGGAGAGUUGAGCCCACUUCUGAUGCAAAUAUGGUAUUGAAGGAAGGGGAUGUGAUUGUAAGUUUUGAUGAUGUUCGUGUAGGUUGUGAAGGAACAGUGCCCUUCCGUUCAAAUGAGCGCAUUGCAUUCCGCUACCUCAUUAGUCAAAAAUUUGCUGGUGAUGUAGCAGAACUGGGGAUUAUCAGAGAUGGGGUUGUCAUGAAAGUUCAAGUUGUCUUAAAUCCACGAGUGCAUUUGGUUCCAUACCAUAUUGAUGGAGGUCAGCCUUCUUAUCUAAUUAUCGCUGGUUUGGUGUUUACACCAUUGUCAGAACCCCUGAUAGAAGAGGAAUGUGAAGACUCCAUAGGGCUGAAACUGCUAGCAAAGGCUCGGUACUCUUUAGCAAGGUUCAAAGGGGAACAAAUUGUGAUCCUAUCACAGGUCUUAGCAAAUGAAGUAAACAUUGGAUAUGAGGAUAUGAGCAAUCAGCAGGUUUUGAAGUUCAAUGGAACGAGAAUAAAAAACAUUCAUCACCUAGCCCACCUUGUUGAUUCAUGCAAGGACAAGUAUCUAGUUUUUGAGUUUGAAGAAAAUUACCUUGCUGUAUUGGAGAGGGAAGCAGCUACUGUUGCUUUGUCAAAUAUUCUCAGAGAUUAUGGAAUUCCAUCUCAGAGAUCUUCUGAUCUGUUGGAACCAUAUGUGGAUUCACACGGGGACAACCAUGCAAUGGAGCAGACUUUUGGCGACAGCCCAGUUUCAAAUCUAGAAAUUGGUUUUGAUGGAAUCCUUUGGGCAUAAUUAUGUGUUGAGAUGCCACUCCAAAAUACACCCAUUGAGCCAUACUUGAGAGGCGUGGUGAGAGCUGUACAUGCUAGGGCUUCUGCCUCAUCUACAGCCAUAAUUUUUUUUUAACUGUCGCACAUCUUUUUUCAAUCUUUCUGGGGUCAGAUUUUUUUCAAAAUCUGACUAGCAAUUUUCCACAGCUAUUAAUUUUUUUGUGAGCAUAAUUGGGCACAGGGUCACUGAAUUAUCUAUGAAAGCAUUUGAUGUAAUUGUAAAAUGUAAAUCCAGAUUUUUGUGAAAUCAUUAAUUAUUUAGGGAGUUUUUUGACA